AUGGCUAACUUUAUAAUUCAUUUUUUCUUUAUUCUUGUUGCAAGUCUUUUCUCUCUCUCUCUCUUUUUAUCGGGACUCUUCUUUCUUUCUUUCUUUCUUUCUUUCUUUCUUUCUUUUUUCUUUCUUUUUUUUUUUGCCUACCUUUGUUCUUUCAUUCUUUAUUUCUUUCUUUCCCUAGCUCUGUUCUUUCUUUCUUUCUUUCUUUCUUUCUUUCUUUCUUUCUUUUUUCUUUGUUCUUUCAUUCUUUCUUUCUUUCUUUGCCUACCUUCUUUCUUUCUUUCUUUCUUUCUUUCUUUCUUUCUUUCUUUCUUUCUUUCUUUCUUUCUUUCUUUCUUUCCCUACCUCUGUUCUUUCUUUCUUUCUUUCUUUCUUUCUUUCUUUCUUUCUUUCUUUCUAAUCUCAUUCUUUCUUUCUGUUGAAAAUGACACCAUUAUGGCCAAAGAUCCUUCCUUCCUUCCCUUCCCUUCCUUCUUUCCUUUCGUUCGUUCGUUCGUUCGUUCCUUCCUUCCUUCGUUCUUGCUUUCAUUCCUUCCUUCCUUCCUUCUUGCUUUCCUUCCUUCCUUCCUUCCUUCCUUCUUGCUUUCCUUCCUUCCUUCCUUCCUUCCUUCCUUCUUGCUUUCCUUCUUUCCUUCCUUGCUUCCUUGCUUCCUUCCUUCCUUCUUUUCUUUCCUUCCCUUCAUUCCUUCCUGCUUUCCUUCCUUCCUUCCUUCCUUCCUUCUUGCUUUCCUUCCUUCCUUCCUUCCUUCCUUCCUUCCUUCCUUCUUUCCUUCCUUCCUUCCUUCCUUCUUGCUUUCCUUCCUUCCUUCCUUCCUUCCUUCCUUCCUUCCUUCUUGCUUUCCUUCUUUCCUUCCUUGCUUCCUUCCUUCCUUCCUUACUUCCUUCUUGCUUUCCUUCUUUCCUUCUUCCUUCCUUCCUUCCUUCCUUCCUUCUUGCUUUCCUUCCUUCCUUCCUUCCUUCCGUCUUGCUUUCCUUCUUUCCUUCCUUCCUUCCUUCUUGCUUUCCUUCCUUCCUUCCUUCCUUCCUUCCUUCUUGCUUUCCUUCUUUCUUUCCUUGCUUCCUGCUUUCCUUCUUUCCUUCCUUCCUUCUUGCUUUCCUUCUUUCCUUCCUUGCUUCCUUCCUUCCUUCCUUCUUGCUUUCCUUCUUUCCUUCCUUCCUUCCUUCCUUCCUUUCCUUCCUUCCUUCCUUCCUUCUUGCUUUUCUUCUUUCCUUCCUUCCUUCUUGCUUUCCUUCCUUCCUUCUUUCCUUCCUUCCUUCUUGCUUUCCUUCCUUCCUUCCUUCUUGCUUUCCUUCCUUCCUUCCUUCCUUCUUGUUUUCUUUCUUUCCUUCCUUGCUUCCUUCCUUUUCCCCCGCUCUCGUCCUUUCUUCGUUAUAUUUUCUUUUUCUGAUGUUUUGAUACAUUUUUUCUUUCUUUUUUUCUUCCUCUUUCCCUCGUUCCUUUUUUUCUUCCUUCCUUUUUAUGUUUCAUUUUCUUCUUUCUCAUAG